UACAUCAAGCCUUGUGUUUCUGGGGAAAGCACACAGGAGAGAAAAGCAGAUUCGUAGGCUCAGCUGUGAGCCCGUCAGCUCCAGCCAUGGCGUUCACCACACUGCCCUUUUGUUGCCUUGCUCUGGGUGUAUUUGCGCAGGCACAGUUUCUGGAACGACGUUUGGCGGAGAAAGAAGAUGACAAGAAGGAGUUGGAGGCUUUGAGGAAAGAAGUGGCCUAUUGGAAGUUCCGAUAUGGGAAUCUCUUAGAGAUGUACUCUGAGGUCAGUGGCGUUCCCAAUUUGAUCGAGAAUCUGCCAGCAGAGCAGAACAGAUUCAUGCCAGGCAACGUCCAACACUGCCGAAACUCCAUCGCGGCAGUGAGUCCACAAGAGGGCACCAAUCCUGGAUCUGAUCCAAAGCUGAACCAUUCGAACUACAGCUACGUGGUUUAUUCUCCAAAGAGUCGCUAUGCCAUCCACCUUCGACAUGUCUUUGAUGGAGCGGACGCAACUUUGGAGACGGUGCAAAACUUUGAGUUCAAGGGGCAGGUUCCGGCCAUCAUGUUUGACAUUGACAACACCUUGGCUUACACAGGCUUCAAUGACACAGACAUUUUGGGCAAAGCUCCUCCCAUGAUCCGUGCAGUGGACUUUGCGAAACGCUGGUGUCGAUUCGACAACAAGUCAACAGCAAAGUUCGACUGCUUUUUCUUGACUGCGCGGUACUGCACCCAGCUGAAAGCAGCUGCCACAAAGACUUGGGUUUUGAACAACUUUCCUGUCGACACUGAGUGGGUCCGGGAACAUGUCUUCAUGACAGGUGGCGUCGGUGGUUGUGACUCCCAGGGUUGCUCCGUAGCAUACAAGGCAGUGCUACGAAACUGGCUCCAUUCGAAUCGUCGAGUCUACUGGGUCAUGAGCAUAGGAGAUCAGCUAACAGACUCGGCUGGGGUGCAGUCAGGCAUUCGCGUGAAAGUGCCAAAUUUUUGGUUUGACUCAAGUGUGGUGGCCAAUCCUCAAGGGAACGGGGGCAAGAUCCAGUUGCAGCCAGAUCGGAGCUUUCCUGAAGACUCUGACCAGUGCAAGCUGAAGUGCGUCGUGGGUCCGGACCAUGAGUGUAUCGAUGCUGGAUUGAAUGAGGAUGCCAUCCACAUGUAUACCCAGCUGGAGUAUUGCAUGGCGCAAGACAGCAACAAAGCACCUGAUCAGAUCAAGGGCUGCACAAUAAACCUCUUGACCUUGCAAAGAUCAUGCUGAGCGCUACUUUUGUUGACUGCUUCACUACAGACAUGGUGACACUGGCCUCUGGCGUGUGGGUCACAUGCUUUUGCAACUCACACAUCAGAGGUAGAGGGUUUCUCCUCAGUCUAUCUUUACUUUUGGAGCCUCAGAAUUGAGGGAUUUUUGGAGCCUCAGAAUUGAGGGAUUCUGGAGGCUCGCAGAAAGUCAGCCGAAGUCUAGGUUAGAGAGACGGUCCUGCAAAAGUUCAGGGUGACAAGUAGGCUCAGUAGACAAGGAAGCAUGUGCAUUUGCUGUGGCAAAA